CAAGGCAUUAUCAUUUAAUUAAGAUUAUAGAGAAUUCGUUUAACUCUAAAACACAACACAAUGAAAUGUCAUUCAAAACAGGGGUAAAGUGCCAGUGAAAAAUCAAUACCGUACAUUUGGACCUCUUUUAUGGCCUUUUCUUAGAGUACAAGAGGAAAUUCGACACAAACCAAACAAUUUAAAUGUGCAAUAAAAGUGGUAAUCACAAUAAAACUUGUAAAAAGAAAAAUAUAAUUAGCUACAAAAUUGCAUAAGCGGCUGUGCUGGUUUUAAAACCCUCUAAAAACAGAUCAGGAUGGUUUAAGAUGUGCUUUCAGCAACAUAUGAAUCACACAAUUAAAUGUGCAGUAAAAAUGCCAAACAUGUACAUAAAAAAUCUCACUUAUUCUUACAGAUUUUUACUGAAAAAAAAAAAAAAUCUGAUGUUAGAGUGUUUUGAGAUAAAGCAAGUGCGACUCUCUAUUAAAACCAUCAUACGCAAUUACAGAAAGUGCAUUUAUCUAUCAGAUUUGGUGGGGAAAAAGAUUGGCUAUAAGGUCACCUUUGAAAACCCCAAACAGGUAAUGCAAUGUAAGUGCAAAUUAAAACAUAAAACCAUUCCUUACUGCUGUAAGUAAGUAAGUAAAUAAAUACUUCUUUCAAUCAGCCUAAUCUGGUCCGGCUAGUCUGUAAACUGGUUUUAGAAGGUUCUGAGAUCAAGCAGGGGCGACCAGCUUAAACCAGCUAAUUAUAUGCAAUUAGAGAAAGGGUACUGAUCUGUUAAAUCCGGAUUCGAAAUAAAAACAAACAUAAUUUAUGGCUAUAAGGUUGUGUAAGAUGCUCGCCUUGGAAACCCAAACAGGACUAAUUACCUUCUCAGCACCAAAACUAGUUCUCUAGGGAAAGACAAACCUGUGUAGAGAGAGAGAGAUUGAGAGGAAGGGUAUGUGUGUGCGUGUGAGAGAGAGAGAGAGAGAGAGAGAGAGAGGUAGGCUGCAGAUCGUCUUCGCGUCGCUAUUGGCUUCUUGUUCCUCCGCACGCCCUCAGCGCCGCGCACCUCUCUCUCGCGCAGUGAUGCUCGCACCUGGCGAAGGGCGGAAGAGCCGCAGCAUCAGCAGCAGCGGAUCUCCAUGACGACAGGAGCACCUCCAGCAUGGUGCAGAAAUCCCGCAACGGCGGCGUGUAUCCCGCCCCGCAGGCCGAGAAGAAGCUGAAGGUGGGCUUCGUGGGGCUGGAGGCGGGCGCGACGGAAUCGAGCCGAGACGGCGCGCUGCUGAUCGCGGGCGCGGAGGCGACGAAGCGCGGCAGCAUCUUGAGCAAACAGCGCUCCAGCAUCUCCGGCAAGAGGCCGCCGAAGCGCAACGCGUUCUACCGACGCCUGCAGAAUUUCCUCUACAAUGUUCUGGAGAGACCGCGCGGAUGGGCGUUCAUCUACCACGCUUACGUUUUUCUGCUGGUUUUCUCCUGUCUGGUUCUGUCCGUGUUCUCCACCAUCAAAGAAUAUGAGAAGAGCUCAGAAGACGCCCUCUACAUCCUGGAAAUUGUAACCAUUGUGGUUUUCGGAGUGGAGUACAUCGUGAGGAUCUGGUCUGCAGGAUGUUGUUGUCGAUACAGAGGAUGGAGGGGGAGACUCAAAUUCGCCCGGAAACCUUUUUGUGUCAUCGACAUAAUGGUGCUGAUCGCCUCGAUUUCGGUUUUGGCUGCCGGAACGCAGGGGAAUGUGUUCGCCACCUCUGCCAUCAGGAGUCUCCGGUUCCUCCAGAUUCUCCGGAUGAUCCGCAUGGAUCGGCGCGGGGGAACCUGGAAGCUCUUGGGAUCUGUGGUCUACGCUCACAGCAAGGAACUGAUCACCGCCUGGUACAUUGGAUUCCUGUGUCUGAUCCUGGCCUCGUUCCUGGUGUAUCUCGCUGAGAAGGAGGAUAACGAGAUGUUUGAGACCUACGCCGAUGCGCUCUGGUGGGGUCUGAUCACUCUGACCACCAUCGGCUACGGCGAUAAAUAUCCCAUAACCUGGAACGGACGUCUCCUCGCCGCGACCUUCACCCUGAUCGGCGUGUCUUUCUUCGCGCUGCCUGCUGGAAUUUUGGGUUCUGGGUUUGCCUUGAAAGUUCAGGAACAGCAUCGGCAGAAACAUUUCGAGAAGCGCCGAAAUCCAGCUGCCGGCCUAAUUCAGGCUGCCUGGAGGUUUUACGCCACAAACCUGAAUCGCACGGAUCUCCAUUCGACGUGGGACUAUUACGAGAGGACCGUGUCGGUGCCCAUGUACAGACUCAUCCCUCCUCUGAACCAGCUCGAUCUGCUAAGAAACCUCAAGAGCAAAUCCGGCCUCUCCUUUAGGAAAGAAGCCCAACCAGAACCCUCUCCAAGUCAAAAAGUGAGCCUGAAAGAGCGUGUGUUCUCCAGCCCGAGAAACUCCGCAAACAAAGGGAAGAACUCUCCUCAGGGCCAGCAGCCCCUGCGACGCUCUCCCAGCGCCGACAACAGCAUCGAAGACAGUCCCUCCAAAGUACCCAAAAGCCUCAGCUUCGGCGACCGCAGUCGGGCCAGACAGGCCUUCCGCUUUAAAGGCGCCGCGUCCCGCCAGAACUCAGAAGUGCUCAUUGAGAUGCAAGAGGAAGAUUUGAGACACAGGAACUCUCCAGCAAUUGAAGGGUUAAUCAAAGCCAGCCUUCCUGGAGAAGACAUUGUUGAUGACAAUAAGAGCUGCCAUUGUGAGUUUGUCCCUCAGGAUUUAACGCCGGGACUAAAAGUUACCAUCAGGGCCGUGUGCAUCAUGAGGUUUAUGGUGUCCAAGCGAAAGUUUAAAGAGAGUCUGCGGCCGUAUGACGUGAUGGACGUGAUUGAGCAGUAUUCGGCCGGACAUCUGGACAUGCUGGCACGCAUUAAAAAUCUGCAGUCCAGGUUAGAUAUGAUAUUGGGUCCUCCGGGUCCCGGCACCCCUCGCCAAAAGAAGUGUUCAACCAAAGGAACCAAAGAGUCGCCCCAGUUCUCUUCUAGAGUGGAUCAGAUUGUUGGUCGAGGUCCUGCUAUAACAGACAAGGAUCGUCCUAAAGGAACCACGGAUGCAGAACUGCCAGAAGAUCCCAGCAUGAUGGGACGGCUUGGGAAAGUGGAGAAACAGGUGAUGUCAAUGGAGAGGAAGCUUGAUUUCCUGGUCAACAUCUACAUCCAGCGUAUGGGCAUCCCGCAGUCCGAGACGGAUGCUUACUUCGCCUCUAAGGAGCCGGACCCGGCGCCGCCGUACCACAGUCCGGUGGAGCACAUGGAGAAGAGCGGCUCCAUUACCAAAAUCAUCCGCUCCAACAGCUCGGCUGGCCAGAAGAACUUCGACCCGCCACCGUCGACCUGCGUCAACCACCACUGCCCGCCCUCCACGUCCUGGCACCCUCACACCCACCCCGAACCCGCCCAGGGAACGUCACCCAUGGCCGACCCGUCACUAGUGCGCAUCCCGCCGCCUCCGGCCCACGAGCGCUCGUCCGCCGGUCACAAUGGAGGCUCUCGCGGGGCGGGACAGCAUCACGCGUCGCGGGGCGAAGACGGACGCCCGCUGGCUCUUUCCCAGCAGCAGGCCGGAGCCGAGAGCGACACGUCCAUAUCGAUCCCCUCGGUGGACCACGAGGAACUGGAGCGCUCUUUCAGCGGCUUCAGCAUCUCGCAGUCCAAAGAGAACCUGGACUUCCUCAACAACGCCUACUUCAGCGGCGUGUCGCGCUGCGCUAAAGUCAGGCCGUACAUCGCCGAGGGCGAGUCGGACACGGACUCUGAUCUGUGCGCCCCGUCGCCCCAUUCCGCCACCGGAGACGGCGCCUACGCAGACAGAGGAUGGUCCGGCACAAAGUAAAUCUCGCGAAU